CAUCACAUCGAGAUAGAGAAGCAUGAGUCGACGGUGUUGUUGACAUUGGCCAGAAGCGCUACAAGUUUAAUAUAGUGAUAUGGCAGUAUUGUCAAGGCAUUUUAAUACAUGUUUUUUUUAGUCGGACACUUAGCUAUCAGAUGCACUUUAUUUGAUUUGUGGCGCUAGUUGAUGUCAAUAUGACUCGUGAUAUCGUCCUUGGAGAUGAACUGCCUGACUGGGUCGGAGCAAAAGAGUUUUAUCAGAAAUAUGAUCCCAAAGAAGUGAUUGGAAGAGGUGUGAGCAGUGUGGUGCGCAGAUGUGUACACAAACACACAGGACAAGAGUUUGCAGUUAAAAUCAUUGAGAUCACUGCAGAGAAGAUGACACAACAACAGUUAGAUGAAGUUAAGAGCUCCACACUGAAAGAAAUCCACGUGCUUAACCUAGUAAAGGGUCACCCAUCUAUCAUCACACUUAUUGAUUCCUAUGAGUCAACAACCUUCAUAUUUUUGGUCUUUGACCUCAUGAGAAGAGGAGAACUCUUUGACUACUUGACUGAAAAAGUCACGCUCAGUGAGAAAGAGACAAGGAGUAUAAUGCGUGCUCUUUUGGAGGCUGUUGAGUAUCUACACUCUCUAAACAUUGUACAUCGGGACCUCAAACCUGAAAACGUUCUUCUAGAUGACCAGGGACACAUCAAAUUGUCUGAUUUUGGUUUUUCUGUCCAGCUGGGGCCUAAAGAAAAACUAAGAGAGUUAUGUGGAACUCCAGGAUAUCUGGCACCAGAGAUACUGAAAUGUUCCAUGGAUGAGACUCAUGAGGGAUAUGGGAAAGAGGUUGACCUGUGGGCCUGUGGUGUGAUCCUAUUCACACUUCUGGCUGGAUCUCCGCCGUUCUGGCAUCGUAAACAGCUGCUGAUGCUGAGAAUGAUCAUGGAUGGUCGGUAUCAUUUUAGCUCUCCGGAGUGGGAUGACAGGUCUGACACGGUGAAAGACUUGAUCUCAAGACUUUUAGUGCUGGACCCCACAAUUCGUCUCACAGCCGAGCAAGCUUUAGCUCAUCCUUUCUUCCGUCAGUACCAAAAGGAAGAUGUGCGACUGUUUAGCCCCAGGAAGACAUUUAGAGUCUUGAUCUUGAGCGUGUUAGCCUGUAUACGAAUGCAAUGCCGUUAUUACCGAGCCCGUCCGUUAACAAAGGAACUUCUGGCGAGAGACCCUUAUUCCCUCCGUGGUGUGCGUAAGCUUAUCGACGGCUGUGCUUUCCGCAUAUACGGGCACUGGGUCAAGAAAGGGGAGCAACAGAACCGAGCUGCUUUGUUCCAGAACACAUCUAAAAUCAUUCUACUGGACCUUGAUGAGUUUGAAAGCUAAAGGUCAUUUUUCUGCUUCUAAAGAUAUUCCUGAUUUAUCCAUGAUCAGUUUAGUUUGAAUUAUUAUUAUUUUUUUGGUUACAUAACAUAGAGCGUCCAAAAAAGGCGCACAAAACUAAUAUAUAUUUACAUAUUAUUUAUAGGCUAUCUUUUUGUCUUUUUAAAAAAAAAUAGUUUAAUUAUUUACCCACCUUCAUGUUGUUUCAAACCUUUAUGACUUUCUUUCAAAGAACACCAAAGAAGAAGUUCAAAAUGAGCUGCUUCGAUUAUGCUGUAAAGCUGGAUGGGCUCCAAAAAGGAGCAUCAUAAAGGAGUUUCUUAUGCAAUUUAGUGUGAAUUACAAGUCAAUACUCAUUUGUUUAAAAGAAAGUCUUAUGUUUUUUAUAAUUUAAAGGUGGGAUUUUGUGUGAAAUAUUUCUUUAAUAGGUUAUGUUUUUGAUUUGUCAGCAGCAUGUCAUGUGACCUCACUUUAACCACUCAUUGGUUUUUGGUUUGUUUUAAAUGCUCUUGUUUUAUCAUAUUAGUGUUAUUAUCCGAUAUUGCAGGUAUCAGUCUCACAUUCAAAAUUACCUGUAUGAUUGAACGGGGCUUGUUUCCUAUUGAAGCUCUUUAGUUCAAUUAAUAUGCAUUCUUUGACUGAUUUUAAUGGUACUUCAUAUCAUUCAGAUUUUUCAAAUGUAAUUCCAUAGAUGGACAGGGAACAUGUAAAAACGUGGAAGGACAAUAGAGAGGAUAGCCUACUUGAAAUAAAGCAAUACAGUUGUAUAACCCUAGGAAAAGUUACAAAACUGUAUGUAAAGGUUAUAAUUUUUUAUUGUGAAAUGAUUCCUCUACAUAUGUUUUACCACUUGCUUUUAAUUACAAUUUUCUAGACAUUAUCUAUUCAUUAAAAAGUACUGUACUGAUUCUACAACAGGAAUACAUAUAAUAAUUUCUUUGUUAUAUGUGUGUUUUUAACUUUUGUGAAACUUUUAGGAUUUUUGCAUAUGUAACAAAAUGCAGAGAAUAAAAUAUAUAUUUAUAACA